CUGACAGCAAAGCAAACCAAAUUACACACGGCAUCUGUGGAUUGGCUGCCGUAUUUAUUUACAUACUUCUUAUUUCGUAAAUUAGAAGCUCACAUCUCUAUUACUUUAAUCAAUUAAAAUGCUCUUCGAAGCCUUUAUUUUAUUAGUAGUUCUCCCGCUGUUCUUCUUAACACUGGUACUGAUCGGAGCCUUCCUGAUAAUUCCGUGCGCGUUCAUCUUCGCGUCAUGGUACAUGCGAAUUUACGAGAGGAAGAAGCAGAGAAGACUGCGAGACGGGCCCAACCUGGCGUUCUUCCACCCGUACUGUAAUGCUGGCGGCGGCGGCGAACGAGUGCUGUGGGUGGCUAUCAAGGCCAUUCUGACUAGAUAUCCAGACACAAAUAUAUACAUUUACACAGUGGAGACGGCCGAGCCUCAGGCUAUUGUCAACAAAGUGCAAAAUACAUUUAACGUCAAAGUUGAUGCCAGCAAACUUAACUUAAUAAGGUUGGUGUCAAAGCGGGCAAUAGAGGCGAAGUCAUACCCUUACUUUACGCUGCUGAUGCAGAGUCUGGGCUCCAUGGUGAUGGGUAUGGAGGCAUUCAUGAAGUUCAAUCCAGAUAUCUUCGUAGACACAACCGGCUACGCGUUCACGUACCCAGUCUUCCGGUACCUAGCACAGUGUCCAGUGGGCACAUACACCCACUACCCGAUAAUCACCACUAGCAUGAUGCGCAGAGUACAGCAGCGCAUAGUCUCCUACAACAACAGGGGAAUUAUAGCGAGGAACCCUGUGUUCACUUGGUGCAAGCUCGUGUACUAUAAAGUAUUUGGUUGGCUGUAUGGAAUCGUAGGGCGCUGCGCAGACGUAGUAAUGGUGAACGGAACAUGGACGGAGGACCACAUCAACGAGCUGUGGAACUCGCCCUGCAAGACGCAUCGGGUCUAUCCGCCCUGUGAAGUAACAGAGCUAAAGCAGCUACGGUCUCUAGUCAAAGACACGGAUCCGAUUCAGAUUCUGUCUGUGUCUCAGUUCAGGCCGGAAAAGGAUCAUCCACUGAUGCUACAAGCCAUCUAUGAGUUGAGGAACCUGCUUGUCAAGAACGAAGUGCUUUGGAACAAGAUAAAGCUAGUAUUCGUUGGGGCCUGUCGUAACGCCGAAGAUGAAGAGCGCGUUCAAAACCUCAAGGAUCUCGCGAAACACUUGUCUCUCGAGAACAGUGUACAGUUUGUCGUGAACGCGCCCUACACGCGACUGCUUCAGCUGUACCAGACCAGCAGUAUAGGACUCCAUGCGAUGUGGAACGAGCACUUUGGCAUCAGCGUAGUAGAACUAAUGGCAGCGGGUCUCAUCACCAUCGCGCACCGCUCGGGCGGCCCUCUCGCGGACAUAGUGGAGACUACCGAGACCAGUCGCACCGGCUUCCUGUGCUCCGAGGCCGACGAGUACGCGCGCGCUAUACUCGAGGUCAUAGCUUUAGCGCCCGAGGAGCGGCAGCGGAUUAUAGAUGCAGCUAGGGCAUCUGUGGAUCGUUUCACCACUGUGGAGUUUGAGAAGACCUUCCUUCGAGUAGCAGAACCUCUGAUGAAGUUGGACUGAUACAAUUAUUAAUAUAAGCACUGAUACUUAAUAGUAAAGUUAAGGUACAGUCGAGUGACCAAACAUUUUUACAAACAAACAUUCCAAAUAUAUGUAUACAACAUUGUUGUUACUGCCUUAACGACAUGAUAAUAUUUUUACAAGCUUUUAUUCAACUUGCCUUGUUAGUAUGUUAGUUUGGGUCAAAGCGUAGAAGCUAAAUUUGAUCCAUUUCCCAGUUUCCGA